AGAAAACCAACUCAACUCAACUUGCCUUUCCUUCCAUCCUCAUCAACCCUUCGCAACAUCACAUUCUCAAAACAUCAUCAAUACCCUCACUUCUCGCUUCUCACUUCUCAUGGCUCGCUCAGAUAAAAUCAAAAAGCAUCGAACAAUGGAGACGGAUCCACCUCACUUGGCUUGUAUGGGAGUCAAAUCUAUUCCUGCUCUUUCACCACAAAACUCGAACCUCGACCUCAUACCACCUACUCUCAGUCCUAUCUCAGAGGGUUCUCACUUUGAUAUCUUGGCUCAUCGUUCCUCUGCUCAACGGCUGGACAAACACUCGCGAGCUCAAGACACGAAGGCUAUGGUACAUCGUUGUAGAUUCGUUGAUUACACACCAGGAAGUAUUACUGCAUUGGCUUGUACUCCCUAUACAUGGGAUCCUUCGCCACAUUUUGGAUUCCCCGAAGUGGGUGAGAAAAGUAGAGGGGUUCUAGCCGUCGGAAGGGGCAAUGGAAACAUUGAGAUUUGGGUUUGGUUACCGGAUAGCAUUGGACCAAAGCUUGGAAAAAAGAAGUCGGGUUCUUCUCAGGGUUGGGUACUCUAUCGGACUCUUCCUGGUCAUGUACCAUCGGAAUCAACAAGUAGUAAUACAAAGGCUGAGUCCUCUUCUGCUUUGGCUUCGAAAAUCGAAAAUUUGGUCUUUGCACAUCAAACUACUGAGGUCGACCCUGAUAACGAAGAUGACGAGCCUAAUGAGAAGAUCAAUGAGUUGACUUCAGCUUUGCCUCGACUUUUCGGAAGUAAUGGUGGCGAGGAAGUCUUGGAAUGGGAAUGGGAUGGUAGUCAAGCUGGUAUUAUCAAACGCACGCUACCCAUGCCACCUUCGAUUGCAGUCUGGUCCCUGGCUGUUUGUCCACAAUCUAAGACUCUUGCAAUCGGAUGCGAUGACGGUGUGAUCAGACUGGCUACUAUAGCGGAUGAUCAACUUGAGUUUAUUGGCAAACUUGAUCCAUGCAAAUCUCGCCUUCUCAGUGUGGCUUGGGGUGUACUGGAUCCGCCGGCCAAGUCUAAAAAGACUAUUGGGCGCAAUCAAGUUGAGAUGCGCAACUCAAAUAUGUUUUUGGUAGCAGGAUGUGGGGAUUCUGCUCUUCGUAAAUGGAACGUUAGCACAGGUCGAUGCGUCGGCAGGAUGACCGUUGAUAAACUUCACGGAGAACCGACUCUGGUAUGGACUGUGGCGGUAGUUGGGAAAUUCAUCGUAUCUGGUGACUCAAUGGGAAACAUAAACUUUUGGGACUCCAAGUCAUGCGCCCGAAUACAAAACAUCAGAGCCCAUCGGGCUGACAUACUCUGUUUGGUUGUUUCACCCGAUGGAAACGAUGUAUUCACCUCUGGUAUCGAUCAGAAAACGUGUCAGCUCACUCUGACCAACAAAGGCCAGGAGGGUCAACCCGAUUUUUCCAAAUGGAUCAUGUCUGCCUCGCGACGUCUGCAUUCACACGAUGUUAGAGCACUUGCAAUCUCGCCUCCCUACAAGAUUCCUACCCUCGUUCUCGACCCUUCUUCGUCAGAAAGAGUUCCACCAGCACCAGUCGAAGUGCCCGUCCUUAUCUCUGGAGGUCUCGAUAUGACCCUCGUUCUGUGCCCUGCUGCCUCGCCUACUACAAGCUUUUUCAACCCCUUAACCGGAAGCUCGCAAGCUCCCCCAAAUCCAAUCUCAGAUUCGGUGUCGCUCUUGUUUGGGGAUUCAAUACAACGCAAAGUAUCGUAUGUUACUCGGCGAGCGCCAGCCAUUCAGCUCAGCACCGGGGGUCGUUUAUUAGUUUGUCGUAAGGAUCGUAGUAUCAGUAUUUGGCAGUUACGAUCUUCAGCUUCUUCCUCUCUCACUUCUCCUCUGAAUAGUGUUUCUGAGCCUGAAGAGAAUGAUGACCCUUGGCGGCAAGUGAUAGAUAUGGAUUUAAAGUUUCAGACCAAUCUUGUGUCAUCAGCCGUAUCGCCUGACGGACGAUGGCUCGCCGUGUCUGAUCUUUAUCAAACUAAACUUUUCAUCUUACAACGGACUACUGAUGGAAAUCUACAACCUCGGCGGGUGAAGAACUUUGCACCUUUCCAUACCAUCAAACACCCAAGUCAAGGCGCAUCUACAAUGCAUUUUUCGCCCGAUUCUACUCGCUUAGUACUGGCCACCUCCUUCACUAGCCAGGUGGUCGUGGUAGGCCUUGAUGAAGAUUCUAAAGCGCAAACUCGGGUUUUAAGAGUCUUCAAUCAGCAUCGUACUCAUCUACGCACUCAUCAGAGUGAUCAUCGGAUUGUGAUCACCCCACCAAAUUUAUCACUUGCUUCACCCACACAAGAUACUUUCGAUGAAGAUGGUACCCAGACUGAUGACCUGACUUCAAGCAGGAACACAAUCACCGCGAUCGCAAUUAGUUCUGAUUGUCAAUGGUUGGCUAGUGUCGAUUCAGCACAAGUUCUACACGUCUUCAAUUUAGAUCUCCUGAAGCAUCACUGUAUACUCCCCACGCCUCCCCUCAUCGUGAACUGUCUAUCAUUCUCACCCACAACACCCUCUACGCUUGUUAUUGGCUUUGCCAACAAUACCCUGCAAGUGAUGAACGUUGAAGACCGCAAGAUCCCAGAAUGGGCACAACAAGUGUGCGCCAAUCCACCGUAUAAUUUAACACAGUUACGUGAUCCGAUCAUGGGGAUCAGCUUCGAAUCUCACGUGGAUAAAGAUGAGCGAUCAAUAAAUGGAUGUAACUCAUCCAUCAGCUCUGAUACGAAGUCACAUCUCCCACACGUCUUUCUCCUCUGGGGAGCUACCUGGACAGCUAAAGUCACAUUACCAGAUCAUCAAAAUGGAACCAGUUCCUCGCGUCAAAAACGUCCACGUCGGCUUGUGGAUCUAUUAGCCACAGGUGAAGAUGAAAAUCAAACUAAUACUAAUGGAGCAAUCACACCAAGUGACGUGGCUUCAGUAAAAUCUAAUACUGAACCCGUUGUGAAACAUUUCGUUCAAGUUAGUCAUAAGUAUCAACCGAUCCUUUUGUUAGAUUUUAUUGGUCAAGAUGAGAUGGUGAUUGUUGAAAGACCAUUCUUUGGAUUGUUGGCAAAUCUCCCUCCGGCUUGGUCAAGAACUGGAGCAUAUGGUACUUAGAAAAAACAAUUUUAAUCAAACCAUCAGAGUUGGACUAUGCAUCAAUCAAUGAAACAAUGUGACUGUUCUAUAAGGUUGAAGAAAUAAAAAUCAAGACCCUGAACUAUCAUCCAGAAAAAAAACCUUUAAGGGUGUUUACAUGUUUUGUUUAUCUUUUAUGAAUCUAUUUUUUCUAUUUAGUAGUGAACACCGUCCUUUUUCUUUACUGUUUUGAAUGUUAGACAACAUUAUAAAGGGAUAGAAUGAGAUUUUUCUUCUGAAAGUAAUGUAAUUUGGAGAUGAUUUUUUGAAAGUUUUU